CUCUAAAUGACUUCAUGUUUGAUAGUCGUUUUCGGACUUCAUGAAAAUGGUCGUUCAAGAAUUAUGUUCUUUCGUUUUCGACCCGAGAUAACUUGGUCUAUUUUGUACCUACAUUUUCAAUGAGCCAUUUUGUUUUACGUAUUUGUAUCGGUAUGUUAAUACAGAUAGUCAUUUAUUGAGCAAGUGGUGUAAGUACUGAAAUUUAUUUGCACAGAUUUUGUUAUCGGAUACAUUUUCGAUGUUAGUUGCUGCGCUGUCAUGUAUCGGACGGAGUACCAUGUCAUCCCUGUGAAUAUUCUGUAUGUUUUCUCUGCAUUCAAUUGUAUUUGGUUCUGUAAUGCUUUCGAUUUUUUUUGUGAUGUAGAAGAACUUGUCAUGGAAUGUGUAAAUAUGGUUACGCAAUGGAUUCUAAGUCACAUUUCUUUCACUCUCUUUGUGAUCCCCAUUAUCCAAACAUUUACUCGCAAGAUAAUGAAUAAUGGGUCAUCGAGUCAAUAAAAGUGGGAAGUUGAAAAUUAUGAUAAAUAGACGGAUGAUCAUCGAGAUUCUUCUUUUUCAACUUUAUCACCAAUCGAUCCAAUAGAUAUUCCAUUGAAAAAUACUGGUUUAAAAUCAUCAUCAGAACAAGCAACACGUUGUGCAUCGGGUUAUUCUGAAUAUGAACAUCCGCAUUUAAUUAAUUAA